CUCUAGUAUGGCGUUUAUAUUAUGUUAUUGGCGUUUAUAUUAUAUUAUAUUAUAUUAUUGUUAUUAACCUUUUUCACCAAGCGACAUUUGUUUUUUAAACGCUAUAUUGGUAAAAAUUUGGUAGUAUGGAAGCGAAUAACGAAGUGUUUACAUUUACUCCUUUUAAAUCCUUUGUACAUACUUCUUUUUGGCACAAACUGGCUGAAAUAAAACUUGAAAUAGAUAAAUUAUCAGAUAAGGCUAGACCUAUCUUUGGAUAUUACACAAAUGUAAAUUCAAAAUCUUGUUUGUUGGAAGUGGAUUACAGUUCAUUCAACAAAGAUUUUAAACCACCCAUCAACAAUUAUAUUUGCCAUGGAGUUCUUUAUAAUAAAAAUACAGUGGAAGAAUUCAAGCAAUGCAAUAAAAUCGAUAUCAUGAGACAUGAAGGUGAAUCAUUUAUUUCUGAUAUGAGAAAUGGAAAAAUUUUGGACGACCCAAGUUUGCUAUCACGCUUUUUUAUUCUUUCGUUUGCUGAUCUUAAAACGCAUAAAUUUUAUUAUUGGUUUGCUUUUCCUUGCCCAAUGUUGCCAGUUUCACAGUUAAUUAAAAAACAAGUACUAAGUUCGGAAAUGGUUGAACAGUUAUCUAUAUUAUAUGAAAAGACAAACUAUAAAAACAGAAUGUUCUUUAUUGUUGUUAAGGAAGAACAUAAUUAUCAGCGAUAUAAUUUAAAUGAUUAUAUAUCUUUAAAUCCAGAGCAAAAUUUUAAAAGUUGCAAUAUGAACAAUUUUUAUUUUUGUUUUAUUGAUCCAAGUGAAUAUGAAACACCUGGCUGGACCCUUCGUGCUUUUAUGGCUUUACUCUAUAUAACAUGCCCAAAUAUUCAUGGACAAAUCCUGAAUUUCAUUGGGAUACGUUUUUCAAGCUUAGGGUCUUGUGAUGCUAGUAAACAGUGGCAUGUUAAACUUGCUGAAACUAAAAAAUUCGUAGAAAAUCUUAACUUUGUAGGAUGGGAACUUAAUCUGCAUGACAAAAUGGGACCGCGUUUAACUUGUCUGGAAGAUUCAAUGGACGGAAAAAGAUUAGCUGAAAAUUCCUUACUACUAAAUUUGAAGUUAAUGAAAUGGCGCUUAUUAACAGAUCUAGACUUAGAAGCAAUAGCCCGGACAAAGUGUUUGUUACUCGGGGCCGGAACCUUGGGUUGUGCAGUAUCUCGGUCAUUGUUGGCAUGGGGUUUUAAAAAUAUUUCAUUUAUUGAUAAUGGUAUAGUACGAUAUUCCAAUCCAGUUCGACAGAGUCUUUAUAUUCACGAAGACGCAGUAGAUGGGAAUAAACCUAAAGCGACCACAGCAGCCGCUAGACUGGUGGAGAUAAAUCCAAAUACGAUUAGCAACGGUUAUGUAUUACAAAUUCAAAUGCCAGGGCAUACUGUAGGUGACUGUUUGCGAGAAGAUUUAAUAAAAGAUCUCAAACUAAUAGAAAAUUUAUGUCAGGAAUAUGAUGUAAUUUUCUUAUUAACAGAUUCAAGAGAAAGCCGUUGGUUACCCACCGUUCUUGGAACAUUCUAUAAAAAGAUUGUAAUAAACGUGGCAUUGGGUUUUGACAGUUAUUUGGUUAUGAGACAUGGAAGUAACAUAUAUGAUAACAUAACCACUAUUAAACCUGAAGACAUUAAUGAUUUAAAAUGUAUUAAUGGAGCGGAUCUCGGAUGUUACUUUUGCCAGGACAUAACUGCACCUGGUGAUUCAAUGAAAGACAGAACGUUAGAUCAACAGUGCACUGUAACAAGGCCCGGGGUUUCAAACAUAGCUUCGAGCUAUGCAGUUGAAUUGUUAGUAGCUUUGCUACAUCAUAAAGAUAAAAAUUCGGCACCAGCUUAUUUCUCUCUUUCUGGAAAAUCGCAAGAAGCAGUUCCGGAAGGAUACUUUGGAAUAUUACCACAUUCAAUAAGAGGUACCUUAGGAACAUUCGAAAAUAUUAUGCCUGCAACAAGAAAAUUUUCGCAAUGUAUAGCGUGUUCCGAUAUAAUUUUGAACGAGUAUCGAAACCGCAAUAUUGACUUUCUGCUGGAUGUUUUUAAUUCAGCACAAUAUUUACUUGAUCUCACAGGAAUAUCUGAGUUUGAAGAUCUGGACAAUAACAUUAUUGAGUGUGAUGAUGAUGAUUGGGAAGAAUAAUUUACCAGUCCCACUUGGAUCUUUUACAUUUAAAAAAUCUAACUGUCAAAUAGAGCUUCAUUGGAUUCUUUUGGUUGCAGCUUUUCCAUUAUAAAUUUAAAUGUACUAUAUUUUAAGAAAGUCAUUAUUAAAGAAUGCAAAAUCAA